AUGCCGUGGCAAUCCCUCCCUAUCGACGACCUGCCAGCUUGGGCACUCCUCAACAACGUCUCAUUCACCAACGUCAAGGUCGCGCAGACCGAGGAUAAGGGCUAUGGCGUGGUGACCACCCGACAUCUGGUCCAGGCUAAUGCCGACGAAGCAACGCCAGACGGAGCAACAGCCCUACUCACAGUACCACACGAUCUGGUACUCAACCAACAGGCGGUCCAUGAAUAUGCCAAGGAGGACAAGAACUUUCGGCAGCUUCUAGAAGCUGUUGGCCACCGGUCAGCACGCGCCGAUGUGCUGCUGUUUCUCCUCGUCCAGUCGGCCCUGGCUUCCCGAUCGAGCUACACACCCGUGGGCGUGUCGAAUCCUUGGGCCCAAUACUUGCGAUUCUUGCCAGAGACCGUUCUGGUUCCUACCUUAUGGAAUGAGGACGAGAGGUUGCUGUUGCGCGGCACGAGCCUUGAGCCCGCCAUCGACGCGAAGCUGUCGGCGCUCGAUGCCGAGUUUGGGCUGGUUAGGGAAAAGUCGUGUGACUUGCCUUGUUGGAAUGAGUUGCUGUGGCAGCAGGACGACGGUCAGUUGGCUGAAGGAGCAGAGAUCGGCGCGUUUUCAUCGCCUACGCCCUCCUUCACGGACUGGAUUCGCCUUGAUGCCCUUUACCGGUCCAGAUGUCUGGAACUGCCCGGGUCUGGGGAAGCAAUGGUUCCCUGUAUCGAUAUGAUCAAUCAUUCCUCCGUCAGCCCAUCGGCCUACUACGAGGAGAAUGCGCAAGACGAAGUGGUGCUGCUCCUCAGGCCAGGCGUCAGCCUGCCGGCAGGCGCGGAAGUGACCAUCAGCUAUGGCGACGUGAAGCCAGCCGCAGAGAUGCUCUUCAACUACGGCUUCAUCGACCCCCAGUCGGCAUCUGAGCGCCUCGUGCUACCCCUGAGGCCCUUUUCAGACGAUCCCUUGGCCAAGGCGAAGCUUGUCGCCUUUGGGCGGGCGCCCACCAUCCACGUGGCACGGGAGCUUAUUGACAACGAUGGAAACAGCACUGUCCGAUGGGACAGCGCUUUCGCCUAUCUGAUGUGCGUCAACGAGGAGGAUGGACUGGAAUUCCGCAUCCUGCAACAGACAGAUGGCACACAGAAUCUGUGCGUCUUUUGGCAGGGAAUCGACGUCACUGAUCGUACCACCGACUUCCAGACCCUGAUCCAGACCCAUGCCCUCCACGCCGUGCUACGACUCCGCGUUGUCACCGUCGUCCACGACCGUCUGCAGGAACAGUUGGACCGCAUGCGGUCCUGCGCCGUCCCUGAUGCUCCCUUACCCUCACAGAGGAAAGAGUGUUACGAGGCCUCCAUCCUCCUGCGCCGCAUCGAGGGGCGUCUUCUAGAAGACGCCAUCAAAACCCUGGAAGAAGAGAGAAACUCGCUUCUUCAGGACAAAAACGUGGUGGCUUAUCUCGGACUGACGGAACCUGCCAAAUCGGACCUAGUAGACCAGGAGGCGGCCAAUGAGGAGGACGAUUUCAGUUGA